AUGGAACGUGCAAAGAACACGAAUGAGAAGGUGGAGGUGGUGCACGAGGCCCUUCAUCAACUCCUGGAGGAGCGGAAGCGACGCCGCAAGGAGGAGGAAGAGGAAGACCUACUCCUCUCCAACUUGCUCCUUCGGUUGGAAUCCUUAGAGAAGGAUGGCAUCGCUACCGAAGGGCCGGAGGAAUCAGCUAUCGAAGAAGAGCCUGAAUUCUCCAAGCCUGUCAGCCAAAACUGUGAAAAAAGGGAGGUUGGCAUGGAUGAAAUAGCAAGGGAGCUUAGAAAAGUAAAGAAGCAGAAUCUCAUUACCCAUUGCCUUCUAUCUGUCAUGCUCGUCAUUACUGCAGUAUGGCAAUUCAACGAGGUCUCCCUUCUGCUCGCGGUCAGGGAUAAACUGAGCCACCCCCUCAGAACCGUCGGUGAUGUGGUCAAGCGGUGUCUGAAAGGAAAUGGCAAGAGGCCGCAGAUUGAAGCACUUCCUUUGCCACCGAUUGCUGUGCCAGAGCUGUCUAAUGCGGAUUUGCUGCCCUUGACUCUGAGAAGCGAGGAAUGAAUCUCUUCGUCGCAUGAUACUUAGCCACCAAUUGCCGUGCCAGAGCUACCUAAUGUGAUUUUCCCAUCCUCGACUCUCGGCAGCGACGAAUCAAUCAUGUGAGAGAAUGAUCAGUAUUGAUGCACCCAAGUGUUCUCUUCGUCGCAUUGAAUGCGACAUUUCAGUUUCCUUGUGGAUCUUGUGCCAUUAUCCAUUUGAAACCUUGCAUUGGACAUUUCAGUUUCCUUGUGGAUCUUGUGCCAUUAUCCAUUUGAAACCU